AUGGAUAGCGGCGAGGUGAAAAUAUCUUUGGAGGAUUCGCCCAGCUCCGGGGAAAGUUUCGCCAGUACAACCAGUGGUCCAUGUUGCGGUUCUGGCAGGGAUUUGGGUCAGGUGGAUGAAAGGGAUAAAGAGGAGGAGCAGUUCCCAUUGAGAGCCACCAAUGAAUUGCAAAAGUCCAAGAAAACAAACAAUAAAUGCUCCAGCGAUCUAUCUACAGGAAUUAGCUAUGCUGCAAACAAAAAUGUAGCUGAAGGCCUAAUGGAUAUAGCUUUGCUUUCGGCGAAUGCGAAUCAGUUGCGAUUCUUAAUUACUUAUAACGACAAAGCAUCCACGUACAUAUACAGCAUGAUUAUGGUGAUACUUUCCCUGGUGCUGCAGCUCUUUGUUGGAUUAAUGCUGAUCUUCAAACGACGUCUCAAGCGAUUCAAGAACCGAAGUUAUGAAAGGACCAACGAUCUGCUGGUAAUGGGAGUUUUCAUGAUCACAGUGAUCAACAUUCUGCUGGCCGCAUUUACCACGACGGAUGGAGGAGGCAGUCAAUAGUAGAUUAUGUA